CUUCUCUUCUCUCCAUAUCCACUACACUGCAACUUGAUUCCACGAGCUUGAUCUACAGAACCCCAUUCCGUAACACAACUGAAACGAUCGCUUACCUUCUAUACACACUACACCGCCAAUCAAUCCACCAAAGAAACAAAAAGAGAAAGAAAAUGCAUCCCCCAUCACCCCAACUCCUCCGCGCCCUCCGCCGCACCAUAACACCCAGCACACGCUCAGCCCUCACCACCCCCCUCACCCGAACCACCACCUCCCCCUUUACCCCCGAACCACCCCCUCGGUCAUCCCCCACCGCCUGAACAGCACCCACUCCCAAACCCCCGUCCGCAUGAUUCCGCGCGCGCACGGCUCCAAACCCGCCAACCACGACCGCGGACCCGAAUCCACCGAAGACACGCAGACGGACUUCGCGGCGCUCGACGUGCUGGGUAGUAUCCCUGUGCCGACGACGGCUGUGGAUGCGUGCUUGGAUUCCGGGUUCCAUUUGAAUAGUGGGUUGAAGGUUACCAAGGGCGAUGGGGUGUUGCUUGUGGGUGGGGAGGUGUUUACUUGGAGGCCUUGGAGGGCGGUUGCUUCUACCUCUACCGGUGGUAAGGGUGGGAGUGAGGGUGGGAGUGGUAAGGAAGGGGAGAAGAGGGAGAAGGCGGGCAUGGUCAAUGGGAAGGGACAGUUUGAGUUGGAUGAGAGCGUUUGGGGGGUUUUGGGGGUUGUAUGGCCGCGGCCUGAUAUCCUGAUCAUCGGAAUGGGCGAGCAUGUUAUGCCGCUGUCACCUGAGACGAAGAGACGGAUCAAUUCUCUGGGGAUCAGGGUGGAUGUGUUGGAUACGCGGAAUGCUGCGGCGCAGUUUAAUCUGCUGGCUACGGAGAGAGGUGUUUCUGAGGUGGCGGCUGCUAUGAUACCUAUUGGGUGGAAUGGGUGGGAGGCGCGGUAGUUUCCAUUAUAUAUCACCUGAAUCACUAGGAUUGAUGUGGCUAUAAUGUUCUAUACUCAUACUAUGUACGAUAUGUAUAAUCUUUC